AUGGCGGCGGCAAAUGUCUCUCAGAUAUUGGCAGAUACUCUAAGCGCAGAUGCGAAUACUAGGAUCGCUGCUGAACUCAAGCUUUCCGAGGCAGGUCUAGCUCUAGCCCAGCUUAUUUUAGCACAGGACGUGGAUAUCUCGCUCCGGCAGAUAAGUUCUUUCUCAUCUUACUACAAUCACUCAGCAAGCAUUAUUCUCAGAAAAUAUGUCAAGGAACGAUGGUCUCCAUACUUUGAAUCGUUCAAGGGCAACGCACCUUCAGUAGAGGUCAAAUCCCAAAUACGCCACGCUGUCCUUCAAGGCUUAUCAGACUCGAACCGGAAAAUCCGGUCUUUAUGCGCUCAUACAAUGUCAUAUAUUGGGAAUUGCGAUUGGCCGGAUGAAUACCCUGAACUGCUCAACUCCCUUAUUGCCUUGAUUUCUUCAAGUUCUCCUGACGCUGUGCAUGGCGCGAUGCAGGUGUUCACCGAAUUUAUAAAAUCGGACCUCACCGAAGAUCAAAUCUUACCUGUAUUGCGACAGCUUCUUCCCGUCUUGCUCACUAUCCUUGGAUCCACGGAGCAACAUACGCCUCUGACUCGCGCACGAACAGUGUCCGUUUUUCGUCAAUGCGUGACAGCACUCUACAUGGUCAAAGAUCAACAUCCCCAAGCAGUGAAGGAAGCUACUGCAACCAUCCUGCCAGUUUGGUUGGAGGCAUUCAAAGUGCUUCUCAACCUUGACCCUUUGAAGGAUGUAUCCAAUCAGGACAAUUGGGAUGGAUUAGCUGUCAGAAUCCAGGUCUUCAAGACACUGGAUGUCAUUCACACGUCAUUCCCCCGUGCCAUGACCUCGUACGUUCGCGGUUAUCUAGAUGCAUCCUUGCGUCACCUUCAGGUGAUGUCCGAAACAUAUGAUACAUUCUACAUCUCGGGAUCCGCAAGUGCCCCUGGGUCAUCAGAAGAGGAAACAGUAGAAAUACCUCACCUCAUCUGCCCUUUGUUCGACUUUGUUUCGAAUGUUGUCAGAGGGGGGAAAGCGAAGGAGUGGCUUCAGGUGGAAAACCUGAACAGUUUGGAAGAGACGUGGGCAACAAAUGCCAAUGCUUUCGUGGCACAUGAAGAAGAUGACACACAGGCAUAUGGCGUCCGAGUCGCUGGCUUCGAGCUGCUAUAUACUAUUCUCAACCGUUCUCCUGCACAAAUUUGUGCUACCUUCCAGACUGCGAUUCAUCAGGUCAUUGCAACGUCACAAAGAGCACGAGAAAAUGGGUCCACUGCUUGGUGGAAACCACUUGAAGCAUCCUUCGCCGCAAUUGGCUCUCAAUCCGAAGAUGUCCUCGAGUGCAUUGAAAAUGAACAGGAUUCUGGCCGAGCAAAACCUAUUGAUGUGGAGGAUUUGCUAGCUAAUGUCGUUCCGUCGGUUUUAAACCAGUCCGACUUUCCAUUCUUGCAAGGCAGAGGUUUCGUAUUUGCGAGCCAGUUUGCCAGGCUAUUGCCAUUGCAGAUGGCUGGUCAGUAUCUGGAAGCCGCUAUGCAUGUGAUUGAAUCAAAUUCUGCUGGGAUUCCCGUGAAAAUAUCUGCUGUCAAAGCUAUCCACAACUUCUGUGAGGGCGCGGAGGACUCGGCUAUCACGCCUUUCGUGUCGCGGAUUGCACAGGACCUGGGACCAUUCCUGCUGGUAACGACUGAGGACACGUUAUCCUUGGUUCUCGAGACAAUGUCGGUUGUUCUAGAUGUCAACAGGGGUCAAUGGCUCACUACUGACUUGUCCAACUCUCUCGUGUUGGCCGUCCUGGAGGUCUGGGCAAAGAAUAACAAAGAUCCCAUUUUCCUAUCGAUUUUCACCGAAAUAUUCACCUCGCUGGCCUCCUCGACUGGCACAGGAGCACUUCCCACUCUUUGUACUGCCAUCGCGAGUUCCAAACCUCAAGAAGCCUGGAUAGCAGGGUCUGCCAUUGACUUGAUCUCAAGCCUCGUUCGCGGUGCACCCGAAGGCGGCCUUGGAGACGGCUUCUUCGCUCUCCUAGCACCUAGCUUGUUCAGCUGCCUUAGCGAAGCCGAAGAUCGUGAUGUUCUACAAAAUGGCAUGGCUUAUUGCAGGCAGAUCUUAGAAUGGCGGGACCCAUCCGGCCAAUCCGGUCUCGAUCAUAUUCUGAAAGUUAUUGCGAAGCUCCUGCAAAACGACGAUGAAUCCGGUGGUUUGGUCAUCGGUGAUCUCAUCAUCCACUUGCUGCGUCGUGCAGGCGAAGCUGUUCUCCCGGUGCUUCCAGAGCUUCUUCAAGCUAUGGUCUUGCGGAUGCUAUCGGCCAAGACGGCCACCUUCAUCCAGAGCCUCGUCGUUCCAUUCGCGUUCCUCGCAUAUAACCAGCAGGAUACAAAAACAUUCCAGGGCUUCUGGCAAUCGCGUGUCAGCACAUUGGCGCUCACAAAAUUAUACGCUUCUGGUCGUCCAAGCCUGCAAUCAUUGAUGGUCAAGGGCGAUAUUAUCUUGAAGCCGGAGACGAAGAAUGUGAUCAUGACCCGGUCACGAACGAAGACGACACCCCAUGAAUUUACAUCAGUGCCAUUCCCUGUGAAGGCACUUAAACUGCUUGUGCACGAUCUCAGAGCUGGGGGCGACUCUGCGACGAUCCCCAAAGCUGAGUUUGAUGUGGACUCGGACGAUGGCGAUGAAGAAUGGACAGAAGAAGAGCAACAGAAUCAGGGCUUCAAGCAAGAAGAAUUUGCCUUCCUCUCCGAGAUGUUGGGUCCCCGCGGCGUCAACUUUGACAAUGACGACAUUCUCGAAGAGACUGAUGACGAAGACCUUAGAAACGACGCCAUCUCUCAGAUUGACAUGCAGGCGCAUCUGGUGUCAUUCUUCAAAGAAUGUGCAUCACAUAAUGUCAACAACUUUUCCGCAAAUAUCGACCGAUUGUCGGCUGAGGAGAUCAUGGUUGUGCGCCACGCUAUUGAUCACUGA